AUGGCCCCUUCGACAGAGACGUAUCAGCCCAAUUGGCACGUCAAAGCUCUGUCUGCUCCAGGCCCAGACACAGACUUGUCACUUCAUGUCUCUUUUGAUAAUGCCAGGUUCCUCUUUGGCUGUGGGGAGGGGACACAACGGGCUUUCACUCAGAAACGAAUGGGUAUGAGGGGGUUGUCGGCUAUCUUUGUGGGUAGCGGCGAAGCUAGAUCGAGAGCUGGAUUGGCGGGGGUUCUGAUGACCGCUGCAGACGGGGGAAUCUCAAAGGUCGAUAUCGUAGGCCCACCAGAUAUGUCACAUUAUCUUUCUACCUUGAGAUCAUCUGUCAUUCGAGACUCACUCACAGUCAAUAUGCAUGCCUUCCCCCGCUCAUCAUCUUCUGGUGAAACAGUUGAAUUAUUCAAGUCUCCAAACAUAACUGUCAAUGGAAUUGCCCUCAUUCCCGAGAUGCAACCUACUGCCGGACCUUCCUCGUCCCACUAUAUCCCUUUCGACCCAUACUCACCUUCGUUUCGACCUAGUAGGUUAUCACCAUCAGAUGCUCAGAAAUGGUGCGACCAAAUUGUAGCGGAUAUAUUCCAUAACGGACCAAAAGCGAGGGCGUCUAGGCGCCCUCCUCAGCCUCCUCCCCCUGCUUCAGACGGUACGAAACCCAGAUCAAGAUCAUCCUCUCCUCGUCGGACAGCCAACCCUUUUGUCAAUCCAGAUCGAACAAUCUGCUCCUCCAUACCCGAUACGCGGUAUCCCUUACCCUUGCCCUCUAGGGAAGAUGUGGAUACUCAGAUAGUAUACAUAUGUCAAGCACCGGAUGUAAGAGGGAAGUUCAAUGUGGAAAAGGCGAACCAGUUGGGUGUGCCAAAAGGUCCAGCAAGGGGGAAGUUGACGAGAGGAGAAGAGAUAGAAGUGGAUGAUCCGUCUGUGGAAGGUGGGAAGAGAGUGGUCAAGCCGGAAGAAUGCUUAGUUGGUGGAGGACCUGGAUCUGUCCUCAUAGUAGUGAACUGCUCCGAACAAACGAAACCUGCAUUACUCCAGAACACCUCAUUCCACAAAUAUCAGCCUUUAAAAGCUCAACCUGAGGGACUGGAACCCAGACAUGUGCAUCUUAUAGUCCACAGAGUACCAAGAGCCGUCUGGGACACAGAGGACUACAAAGAGUGGAUGAAAGCUUUCGGUGAACGUACUCAGCACCUUAUUGCGGAUCCUGUCAACUAUCCUGACCGGACGGUAUUCAAUUCGGCAGCGUGGAAUACCCUCCAAUUAUCACUUGCCGAUCCAGAGAUAUUCGUACCUCCUUUUGUUCAAUCGCCUCACUCUCCCUCCAUCGACUUGCCUCCCAAUACUUCCUUCCUGGUCGAAAACUCUUUCUGUCGGAUGCAUCAGCCUGCUCCAAUGACUGUAGUGGAGAACCACGAGAAAGAUAUCACAUUCUUAAUCACGUCCCCCGAUGCGGAAGCUGCAAGAGAGACGAUCCGACAGGAUAUGCCUGAAUAUGCCAUCGCAUGUGAUCAAGCUCGACAGGCAAUUCUAUCUGAUCCCAGAUCAACCAAUCCACCAGAACCUAAAACCGGAGACGACAUCACGAUCACUACGUUGGGUACUGGAAGUGCCAUACCUUCUAAAUACCGGAAUGUAUCUAGUACGCAUAUCGAUGUACCCGGGUUAGGAGGCAUACUGUUAGACGCUGGUGAGGGUACUUUGGGGCAAAUGAGAAGAAGAUUUGGUGAACAUGGUAUAAAGAAGUUGUUGGGAGAACUCAGAAUGAUAUUCAUAUCGCACAUGCAUGCAGAUCAUCAUCUGGGAUUGAACUCAGUACUAGAAGAAAGGUUCAAGCUCGGCAUAACUUCCCCUUUAUUCCUCAUUGCACCUACCAACAUAGCUUUGAACAUGCAAGAAUCAGCUUCAUGGCAAUAUGCAGCUACUUCCCAAGCAGCUCUGGAAAAUAUAAUAUAUAUAAAUAUACAGAGGUUGGGAUUCAAGAUAUUCAAUCCAAAAUUGAAAUCCAGAUCGAAGGAACCUUCCCCAGAGACUGUAAACAGACAGGAAGAUGCAGACAUGGAGAUGUAUCAGUGGGAGAAAGAAAGUUUGGAAGAUCGAGAGAAUGGAAGGAGAGCUUGGCCAUUUUCCAAUAUUUAUGGCUUUUCUCCUUCUGCGAGUCGAGAUCAUUGGAAUGCUCUGCAUAGACUUUUGGAUGACAUGUCGCUCAAAUCCAUAUGGGCACCUGUAGUUCCUCAUAGAGGCAGGGCUUAUGGAUUGGCUAUUGAGCAUUCGUCAGGAUGGAAGAUUGUCUAUUCGGGAGAUACGAAACCUUCUGAAGAACUUGUUCAAGCUGGACGGGAUGCUACUCUUUUGAUACACGAGGCUACGUUAGAGGACGACAAACCUGAUGUGGCGGCUGUAAAAGGUCAUUCGACGUUCUCUCAAGCCAUCGACGCGGGAAAGAAGAUGAAAGCCAAGCAUAUAUUGUUAAAUCAUUUCUCACAACGAUAUCCAAAAUUACCAAAAUUACCUACAGCACCUCCCCCAACAACGUCACAGGAUGGUAUCAACGGAUCUUCAGGAGAGAUACAACCUGUUGUAUCGAUAUCAUUCGAUUUCAUGUCUAUCAAACUGCGCGAUAUGUGGAAGAUGGCCUAUUACAUGGAACCGUUAAGUCUGUUAUUCGUGGAGACGGAUGAAGAUGGUGAUGGAGAGACGGUAGAGGGUGAAGGAAGUGUUUUGAAUGCUGUGAAGAAUGAUGUGAACCCGAGCCUAGACGGUGACGGUAUUGCUCCAAAUGGAGUGCAGAAAAAUGGAAAGAAGACUAAAAAUAAAGAUAACAACAAGAAUAAGAAUAAAGACGAUCGAAUGUCCACCUCAGCGAGUCACUCUCCGUCCGUUCCUUUGCCCAACGAUGGAAUCAAUCAUCAGCAGAAAUCGAAGAAAUCAUUGAAGCGAGAAGCUGCCAGGGCAGCUAAGCGACCUGCACCCAGUCUCAGUCCGACAAACACCGAGGAUCAACCUCAGGCGAAGAGAAGAUCGACCGAAUCUUCGACUAUCUUAUUGGGAACAGCCAAUGGAGGGGAAGGCGAAGAGGCAGUGAACAUAGUGAAUGAAGAAAGUGAGAAGAUGCAAGUGGAUGGAUAG